GGCUGAGAUGCUAAGGAAAGCUUGAUGGUGUAUAAUGAGAUAAGAAUCCGAUGUCUUUAUUCAUCCCAGGUGGCUCCAUGGUUUUAAGCUUCGUAAUGAGUUCCAAUUCAGAAACUUCUCUUUCCAGUCUGUUCCUGAAAUUUUUCUGUAAUAAGACAGCUGCUUUGAGAUCUUGUAUAGAAUGUCCUGGGAGAUUGAAGUGUUCUCCUACUGGUUUUUCAGUCUUAUGGUUCCUGAUGUCAGAUUUAUGUCCAUUUAUCCUUUGGCGUAGGGUUUGGCCUGUUUGUCCAAUAGAGAGAGCUGAAGGGCACUGUUGGCAUUUGAUGGCAUACACAAUGUUAGAAUGGCGUCAUCUGGGUCUGCUUUUUCUUUAUGUUCAGUUUUGCACAAUUCAGGGCUGUAGCCGAGCCCCAAAAGAGGAAGCCGUCCGACCCACCUUCCUCCCUGCUCAGUUUGUGGCUUUUUGUUCCGCCCGCCCCUUCUAAGCAGCAGCGCUGGGUGGGUGGGUGCUGGCCAUUGGGUGCUGUGUGUGUCAAUGUUGUUGUUGUUUUUUGAAAAAGAAAAACCACCCCCCCCACACAAAAAAACCCACAAGGUUUCCAGAAGCAAGCAUGGGUGGGGCGGCUCUCGGAAUCUGCCUCAGCGCUGGAGGGGCGUCCUAGGCCUUGAAAUCGUCCGUGCCCGGGGCUGCCACCGCCCUCUCUGCCUCGUGGGGCAACGUUUUUUUUUGGGGGGGGCGUCGGAUCGUGGCCAUGCACAGCAACCGGGGGAAAAGCAGCUACAGCCCGUAUUCGGCCGGGCUGCGGAGGAAAGUCUCGAAGGCCGGGGGCCACGUCCUGGAGACCGUCUCCAACCGAGCCAGCGUUUGGCUGAAGGAGCUGCCGCGGCGCGAUGGCCUGGACUCCUCGACCUCCAGCCUGGCGGACCUCUCCUCGCCGACCCCAGCGGGCACCCUCAAGCGCCCCACCAGUCUCAGCCGCCACGCCAGCGCCGCCGGCUUCCCCCUCUCGCCGGCCGUCCCCCGGGGCCUGGGCAAGGCCACCAAGGCCUACAGCCCCUGCGAAUACGGCGAGGGCAGCCUGACGGAACCGGAGGACAUCUCGCAGCUGCUGGCCGACGUGGCUCGCUUUGCCGAGCGCCUGGAGAAGCUGAGGGACGUGGUCCUCCGGGAGGAUGGGCUGGAGUCCCGGCGGGCGCUGGCCCACGAGAGCCUCGGGGACGCCUUGCGGAUCCUGCGGCAGGUCAUCUGCAAAUACCCCCUGCUCAACACGCUCGAGACUUUGACUGCGGCGGGCACACUCAUCUCCAAAGUCAAAGGUUUCCAUUAUGAAUCCAACAUCGAAGCUGACAAACGAGAAUUUGAAAAGGCCCUGGAGAUGAUCGCCGUUUCCUUCAGCAGCACGGUCUCCGAAUUCCUCAUGGGGGAAGUAGAUAGUAGCACCCUUCUCUCCAUCCCUCCUAGCGACCACAACCAGUCUAUGGAAAAUCUGUACGGGGGAAUUCCUGGGCAAGGUGCCGAAGGGAUAUCAGACGGCAUGGAAGGUUUCACCUCGAUCCGUCUGUCGGCCGAAGAGGUGGACGUUCUCCUGCAGAGGUGCGAGGGAGGGGUCGAGGCGGCUCUCCAUUAUGCCAAGAACGUCUCAAAGUAUAUGAAGGACCUCAUAUAUUACCUGGAGAAAAGAACUGCCCUAGAAAUGGAGUUUGCCAAGGGUCUUCAGAAGAUGGUCAAUUCCUGCAAACAGACCAUCAGCCAGGAGCCUUUCAUGCCCUUUUUCUCCAUCUACUCCCUGGCACUGGAACAAGACGCCGAGUAUGGGAUCAACUCCCAGCAAGCGGCCAUCACCUUGCGGUCGGAAACAUUCCUGCAGCCGUUGGCAGCCAGGCGCCUUGAGCACGAGAAGCGUCGGAAAGAGGUCAAGGAGCAGUGGCACCGGGCUCAGCGGAAACUGCAAGAGGCCGAGAGCAACUUGAGAAAAGCCCGCCAGAUGUACAUGCAGCGCUCGGAGGAGUCCGAAAAGGCCAAGCAUGUGAUGGUGAAAGCGGAAGAGGAGCAGCUGGGGUCCAGCACAGGCAGUAGCACUGCUGCCACUAAAGCCCUGGACAAGAAGAGGCGACUCGAGGAGGAAGCCAGGAACAAGGCCGACGAGGCGAUGGCGACUUACCGCACGUGCAUCGCCGACGCCAACACGCAGAAGCAGGAGCUGGAGGACACCAAAGUGACGGCCCUGCGGCAGCUCCACGAGGUGGUCAAGCAGAGCGACCAGAUCAUCAAAUCGGCCACCAUCUCCUUCUUCCAAACCAUGCACAUGCAGACAGCCCCCCUGCCCGUCUACUUCCAGACACUGUGUGAGAGCAGCAAACUCUACGACCCCGGGCAGCAGUACGCGUCACACGUCAAGCAGCUGCAGCGGGGGGACGAGCCCGAGACGCAGUACGACUUCGAGCCCUACGUUUCCAACAACAGCUGGUCUCCGCUGGCCCGGGCGAGAAAAAGCAGCUUCACCACCGGCGAUUUCCCGGCAGCAAGCGGAUCUGAAGCGUUUGGCAAAGAGGCAGCGGCUUUGGAGGGCGAGGGAGCGCAGAGCCGGCCGGCCAACCCCGAGCGACGAGGUGGGCGGGGCCACCAGGUGCACAAAUCGUGGCCGACGGCUAUUGCAGAGACAAAGGGCAGCCUCGAAUCCGGUCCCACCACGAGCUCAGGUGGGUUCCCCCAGAAGUCCCAGACGGUGCCGAGCAAUGGGACGUUGUCUCCCGGAGACGAGUCGGACGGAAAUUCACCUUCCUUUGAGCAAAGUAUCGACGACAUGACCCCAGAGAUCUCGACGCCGACCGGCCCUUUCCGGCACAUGGGCCUAUCCAAAGCUGCGCAGACCCACCGGCUAAGGAAGCUGCGGGCCCCUUCGAAAUGCAGGGAGUGCAACAGCUACGUAUAUUUCCAGGGAGCUGAGUGCGAGGAGUGCUAUCUAGCCUGCCACAAAAAGUGCUUGGAGACGCUGGCCAUUCAGUGCGGGCACAAGAAGCUCCAGGGGAAGCUGCAGCUGUUCGGGAGGGACUUUGCCCAGCAGAGCCGCAUCAGUUCGGACGGGGUGCCCUUCAUCGUGAAAAAGUGCAUCUGCGAGAUCGAGAGGCGGGCGAUGAAGACCAAGGGCAUCUACCGCGUCAACGGCGUCAAGACCCGCGUUGAGAAGCUGUGCCAGGCCUUUGAGAAUGGGAAAGAGCUGGUCGAGUUGUCCCAGGCCUAUCCUCACGACAUCAGCAACGUGCUGAAGCUGUACCUGCGGCAGCUCCCGGAACCCAUCAUGCCAUUCCGCAUGUACAACAGCCUUAUGGGGUUGGCCAAGGAGAGCCUGCAGGGAGGGUCCGAGGGCAGGCCCGGAAAGAGCAUCGCCGAGCUGGUGGACAGGGGACCUGAGACCGAGAAGGUGGUCGUGGCGCUGGUGACGAAACUGAGGGACCUUCUGAGGGAGCUCCCUUCGGAGAACUUGUCUACCCUAAAGUACAUCCUUCUGCAUUUGAGGAGGAUCGUCGAAGUCGAGCAAGAAAACAAGAUGACCCCUGGCAACCUGGGCAUUGUCUUUGGCCCCACGCUGAUGCGCCCAAGGCCCACCGAGGCCACCAUCUCCCUCUCCUCGCUGGUCGACUACCCGCAUCAAGCCCGCAUCGUCGAGGCCCUCGUAACCUUCUACCCUGCCAUCUUCGAAACCGGCGGCGCUUUGCCGGAAAGCCCCGAAGACGCAGUUCAGGAAGACAGGGACGCAGCCGAGAACCAGGAAGAUGCAUGCGCGCCGUCGGACGACACAGACCUAUACCUCGCGGCCUCCGCUGAGCAGGCAGACGCGGCUUUUCACGAGGACCUGUACAGAGAAGACAGCACCCGUUUCAUCGAUUCCGACUCCGAUCCAGAAGACUGUGCAGAGGCAGGCAUCAAAGGGGCCCCGCGGCGAGGCAGCGAGACCAGCGGAGACGAAGGGACCCCGUCUGCGGACGAAGCCAGCGAGGAAGGGACGCUGAGCCGCACGUACAGCGCCGGUCAGUCGGACUCGGAGGACGUCUCGCCGCUGCAGCGCUGCCUGAACCAGGAGGAAGGCCGCUGCGAUGUGGACGAGGAUGUGGUUUUCGGGAGAGAGGGUGACGGGGAGAGCGCAGAAGGGCAGGUGGGAAGGCCACCGGAGGCUUGCAACACGAACCAGUCCAACAACGUGGCGUUUCCGCAGCCGCCUUUCGGCUACAAGGUGUUAGGGUAACGACCCGGGCCGGAGUUUCCCCAGCCUCGGAAACGGGAAUGAAAGAACAGUCCGUAUGCACUGUCGCUGGCGCUGUCAACGAAGAGAAGUCUUGGUGUCCUUUCCAACCCGCCUUUUCAACGCAAAGAGCAGGGUUGUGUGGUUUAGCAGACUCCCAAUGUUUUUUGCAUGAGCGGCGUGUUAAUAAGAACAGUCCCAGACACAACGCCGUCGCAAUUAUUAUAUUUGCACCAUCCUGUCCUUGUUAGCAGAGGUUCUCGGUUAUCUCCCAGAAACUACCCAGAAAAAUUGCCCCUUUAAAAGUACUGAUUUCAAGUAGACAUUUCACUUUAGCAAAGCAGAACUCAUUUUUUGUUUUAUUUUGCUAUGGAUAGGGUUGGGUUCUUUAAAAAAAAAAAAUGCCGGCCCCUUCAGCUAUGCCAUUGUUAUUUUAAAAAGU